CCCACUGCAGGGGACCCCAGACUGAGUUAGGCUGCAGAUUAACGCCUGAAUCCAGGCAGCGCGAAGCCCGCCAUUCUUCCAGAUCCUGGGUGAUCUAAAAGAUUUAGAGCCUAAGUUUCAAGAGCCGUCUUUCCUGUCAUUUAACGUCUUCCUGCUUAUUUAAUCUUUCUAACACCGUAGACCAAAGUCGGUGUCUUUGAAGCUGUUAAAUCAGGCAAACUCCUGGGCACUCCAACUGCGGGGUCCUCACGGCCUUCUCUGCUGCCUCAGCUUCGGUCCGAGGGGACCCCGCGCCGAAUCGCCGACCUGCCCAGGUGUCGGGAAAAUGAUCCACAGUCUAUUUCUCAUAAACUGUUCUGGUGACAUAUUUCUAGAGAAGCACUGGAAGAGUGUUGUGAGCCAGUCUGUCUGUGAUUAUUUCUUUGAAGCUCAGGAAAAAGCUGCUGAUGUUGAGAAUGUACCACCUGUCAUUUCAACACCUCACCACUACCUCAUCAGUAUCUACCGUGAUAAGCUUUUCUUUGUGUCUGUCAUACAGACUGAAGUGCCACCUCUCUUUGUAAUCGAGUUCCUACAUCGAGUUGCUGACACUUUUCAGGACUACUUUGGUGAGUGUUCAGAGGCUGCAAUUAAGGAUAAUGUGGUCAUAGUAUAUGAACUCUUAGAAGAAAUGUUAGACAAUGGAUUUCCACUGGCUACUGAAUCUAACAUUUUGAAAGAAUUGAUUAAACCACCAACAAUUCUACGUUCUGUUGUCAACUCUAUUACAGGCAGCAGUAAUGUUGGGGAUACACUCCCCACUGGGCAGCUGUCCAACAUCCCGUGGCGUCGGGCAGGGGUAAAAUACACAAACAACGAAGCCUAUUUUGAUGUCGUUGAAGAAAUAGAUGCAAUUAUAGAUAAAUCAGGAUCUACAGUCUUUGCUGAAAUUCAGGGAGUCAUUGACGCUUGCAUUAAGCUAUCUGGAAUGCCUGAUCUCUCCCUUUCCUUCAUGAACCCAAGGCUUCUGGAUGAUGUCAGCUUCCAUCCCUGCAUCCGGUUCAAGCGCUGGGAAUCUGAAAGAGUCUUGUCAUUUAUUCCUCCAGAUGGAAAUUUCCGACUCAUAUCAUAUCGUGUCAGCUCACAAAAUCUAGUGGCAAUACCAGUAUAUGUAAAACAUAAUAUCAGCUUUAAGGAGAACAGUUCUUGUGGCAGAUUUGAUAUAACAAUUGGACCCAAACAGAAUAUGGGAAAAACUAUUGAAGGGAUCACAGUGACAGUUCACAUGCCAAAAGUUGUGCUGAAUAUGAACCUGACACCAACACAAGGCAACUAUACAUUUGAUCCAGUCACCAAGGUACUAACAUGGGAUGUGGGAAAAAUUACUCCUCAGAAGCUCCCAAGUCUUAAAGGACUGGUAAAUUUACAGUCUGGAGCACCCAAGCCAGAAGAGAAUCCAAGUCUCAACAUACAGUUCAAGAUCCAGCAGCUUGCUAUUUCAGGCUUAAAAGUAAACCGCUUGGACAUGUAUGGGGAGAAAUAUAAGCCAUUUAAAGGAGUCAAAUAUGUCACGAAAGCUGGAAAGUUCCAAGUGAGGACAUGAGAAGAGGCCAAAAUUUCUCAAGAUCAGUUUGUUUUCCAAGUGUCAUUACAAUUUAUUACUAUUAGGUACCAAGUGGGUGGGAAUACGUAUUCUAGUUAAAGCAUUUGUGUCGAGCUACAUACCGCUAACAAAGUAGCUUAGUAAUUAAUGUAGGGUUCUUAAGGAGCUUUAAGCUAAGGAAACUUUUUUAAUGACUUAGCUUAUUUUGUACCUUUUCACUUAGGAAGAUUUUGGAGGUGAUUUCUUCCACAGGGGGGUACCACCUGGACGCUGUACAUUGUAACAGUAAAGGCAGAAACUACAGUGAUAACCUCUCCUAAAACAAGUUAACUGGUUUCAUCCAGCAGGAGCGAUCUUAAUCUGUGACAUGAUGUGUCAGGUGCAGCCAAAUGUCACACCUUCUGAUCUUAGCCAUCCCAAAUCAGUGUCUCUCCCAACAGAGGAAAUCCUUCCCCACCCCCCAAGAAGUUUACAAAAACUGCCUCUUCAAGUGUUUGCCUUAUUCAGCUUUUCACUUGUGCCAUUAAGCAAGCACUGUAGCAAAAGCCACUUCCACAUGGCCCUGGCAGGGAGCACUGCUGCUCCAUGCUCCAUUCUCACUGUACUUGGUAUUGUAUUUUUUAUAAAUAAGAUUUUUAUGUAAAGCUCAGAUUUUGAUUUACAGGGACCUUGCUGCAGUAAAUAACAUCUCAAUUUUGUGCCACUGGUUCAGCUGUUAGCAUAAUAAAUAUCAUUUGUAUCAAAGGGGCAAAUGCUUUAUUAAGGUAGUAAAAGGGAACACUACUUCUGCUUUUAGGAAGUUUUUGCAAGCACAAGCAUUUGCACUUUUAAGCAAAUUAAAGUAGUAAAAGAUACUUAAGUGAAACCUUUGCCAUCUUCAUGUUUUAUAAACUUAAUCUAAUACCACUUAAACCGUAGUUAGCCUAAAUGCUUCAUGCCCCAGUUCAGCAAAAGGAGGAAAAUGUGCCUGCCUCACUAUCCUCAGUCUUUAUUAAUCUUUUAUCUUUUUGUUGCUGUUCUGAGGGGGUUGAAUUUGCCUGCAUCCCUCUUCAUAUCGUGUGCUUCCCAAGGGUAGAGUCAUAGACUCCUUCCUAAAACUGUUGUCAUACUUAUCACGUGAGUACUUAAAUGUCUCUGCUGUACUGACAAAAUAUAUGGAAGUGCAUUAUGAUGAGGCAGAAACAAAACCCUCAGUAACAUUGAUGAUACCACACUGACCAUCAUGGUUAGAAAGUCAGUCAACAGUUGUAUCAUUUCACUCAACUUCAUUGUGUCAUUUUUUCAACUUCACAGGCUUGGUAGUCCUGGCCUGGUUAUUUUGCCUCAUUAGACAUGAAGAAAUGGAGAAAGGCUGAAAGUUAAGAUACAAGUGCUUGUUCUUCACAUUUCCUUCUUGUUCUUAUUUAUACUGUUAGUUUUCUUCUCCUUGUGGCUCCAUUCUUUUCUUUCAGUCUUCUCAGUUUAUAGCUCACUUCCCUAUUAUGCUAAGGACAGCCCUUAUGCUCGAUCCUGUUUGUGCUGUUGAGGGCCAGUGGCUGGUGCUGGUAGAGGGGCCCACCCAGGGUGCAGCCUGCUUCUCAUCUAACAAAGGCCACUUUUGCAACUUCUAAAUUUCUAGAGUAACCAAUCUCAGAUUGGCAACUAAAGUCAAAAUGUUGCCAAAUAUUUAUUCCUUUUGCCUAAGGUUGGUUACCCAGUGCAAUUGCUUUUCAUUUUUAAUGUCUUACUCUUCAGAGUUCUUACCUCAAAAGAGCAGCAAGAACAUUUGCUUUUCUUUCUGCAUAAUCCCUAAUUCCAACAAUCCAUCCCUGGACUGUCCAGUUUCCUCCUAUGCUGUCUUCUAUCCAAGCAGAAUAUAUGCCAAGAGACCCUUGCCCCUAGCAAUUUCUGCUAUAUCCAAGUAGACUGUUUCCUUUCACAAUUAAAUUAUUAUAUUUAUUAAUUUGAUAGAAUUCACUAAACCGUUUCUCUAGCUCUGGCCAUACUAUCAAUAAAAAGAUGAAAGCAACAAA